AUGUCUUCCGUCGUUCCUGCACCUCUGACAGCUUCAAACCGAAACCGCAGUUUCCAUCUCCAGCCAGACAUGACACAAAAUUUCACACAAGUACUCGCGGACAUUUCCCGAUUGCGAGACGUAACCUUUUCCAACAAUGAAGAGCGAAGUCAAGUACGACUCGCUCUUUGGAAACUCUUAACCGAGAUCGAGUCCCCAUGGGAGACGGUUCACAGACUGGCAUGGAUGGAGCCAGCUUUUGUUGCUGCUUUGAAGGUCUGCCUCGAUAUCGACCUAUUUAAGAAAUGGACAGAAGAUGGCGGUGGGCCCAAAUCAGUAGUCGAGUUAGCUAGGAUUACUGGGGCGGACGAAGCGUUGCUGGGUCGUGUUGCUCGCCAUCUAGCAGCUAUGUUUGCUCUCAGGGAGAUUUCAGAAGACACCUAUUACCUGACUCCUUUCACCGAGUCUCUUGCAAAACCAGGUGCCAGUGAUACAAUUCCUUUCAUGAUAGGGUCGACUUGGCCUGCAUUUCUCCACCUGCCACAAUAUCUAGCAGACAACAGCUACCAAAACCCCAGCGACCCCAAAUGCUCCAAUUGGCAAGCCACGAAACAGUCAGACCAAAGCUACUUUGAGUUUAUCAGCUCCGACCCUCAGCGCGUCCAGACUUUUCAGAAUGUGAUGGAUGCUUACAAUACUGCGCGCGGGAAUUGGGUUGAUCUUUAUCCUACAGACCGUCUGGUCGCGAAUUGGAACCCAGACCGUCCACUUCUGGUUGAUGCCGGUGGUGGAAAAGGUCUAGAUAUUAUGAGGUUUCGAGAGAGACAUUCUGGUCUCCCGUCUGGAAGUCUUGUUCUACAGGAGCUGGAGGCUGCGGUUCCGACUAUAUCGGUGCACGAGUCGAUUAAAGUCAUGGGUCAUAAUCUUUUUGAAGAACAACCUGUAAAAGGUGCUCGCGCAUAUUACACGCACAUCGUAUUUCACGGGUGGUCGGACCAAGAGGCUGUAAAAGUAUUGAAGUUAUUGGCUGCAUCGAUGGAAAAGGGCUAUAGUACACUUCUCCUGCACGAAAAGGUCGUUCCGACCCAAGGCGCUACCCCCGAUAUUACCGCUGGCGAUUUGACCAUGAUGGCUACCUUCUCCGCGCGAGAGAGAACUUUUCGUAUGUGGGAGGAGCUGCUGACUUUGGCUGGGUUCAAAAUCGUGAAGCUGUGGUCUUCUCCGGCAUUCCCUGAGUCAAUCAUUGAGACUCAAUUGCUCUAG